AUGUCGAAAGCUCCUGCAACUUCGAAUAUCGAGUUAGAUGAAGAUCAGUCACAAGUGACUCCUUCGUUCGAUUUUCUCUCUGUCCACGGUCAUGACGGUCCUCACCGCGCCGAAAGAGUAACAUGGACCGCAAGCAGUAUAGCAGACAACCAUGAUUACGAUGGUGACGCUGACAACGGUGAUGAUUCCAACUCUGCAGCUACAAAGCAAGAAAUGGAGAGUGAAAAUAUCAUUGUCUCUUCCACCACUGUCGACAACUGUCAACAAAAGGAGGAAAGUACAGCUGACAUUGCAUUAGUAUUGCAGCAGGAAGGUCCUUGUCUGAAACCCAAAAUACGUAAAGUGCCGGCCACAAUUUCCUUUUUCUCCUCCGCCAUGAAGAAGAGACCACGACUUGCAAAUUUUUUUGAAGACGCCCCAUCAAGACCCGCUCGUCCACCAAACUUCAAGUUGUACACCCACUGCCGCUGCUCCGACGCUAGUCUCACCUACUAA